AUGAUGGAAGCGAUUGUGUCUAUCUUUGGGUCCAACUCUGUGGCCAUCUCCUUCCCCGAGGACUCUACCCCUCGUCUGCACGACCUCAAGCAGCAGCUCUGCGACCUCUAUCAGAUCCCUGUUGACGAACAACGUAUCCAGACCGCUGGUGGACUGCCCCUCAGCCCUUCUUCUGAGCAAGAGGAUGUGGACCAGGUGCUGUUGUUUGAGGAUGCCGAGCUGAAGUACUUUACGCUGUCGAUGCGGAUGGCGGGAGGCAAGGGAGGCUUCGGAAGCAUGUUGCGUGCACAAGGAGGCAGGAUGAAUUCUCAAAAGACGACUAAUACUGAGGCCUGUCGGGAUCUGAGUGGGCGACGUAUCAAGACUGUCAAUGAGGCCAAGAAGAUGGCGGAAUAUGUUCGUGGAGAGCCAGAGAGGAAAAAGGCCAGGAAGGAGGAACUGAAGCGCAAGAUUGAGGAGAAACUGGAGUUAGCAGAUCGCCCUGCACGGAAACACCGGUUUGAGGAUGCAAAGUUCUUUGACGAGUCCGAGGAGCAGGUUGAGGAGGUCAAGAGUGCUGUUGCGGCUGCUAUCAAGGAGAGUCUGAAGGCUGGAUCGACAUCACCUACUGGAGCAUCAUCGUCAUCGUCGUCGGGAUCGGAUUCGAAGGGCAAGGGGAAGGCCAAGAAACAGGGCAGUGAUGAUGAGGAUGCUGUUGUCAAGAAGAAGGCUGUCAAGUCCUUGGGCAUGUGGGAUGAUAUGUCUGACUACGAGUCAUCAGAGGGCGAAAACGAGGACGAGGACGAGGAGGACGAAGAAGAAGAAGAGGAAGAGGAGAAGGUUGAGGAGGUCAAGAUCCCAAGUGUCGGAUCUUCGACUCGCAAACGAAAAGCCUAA